AUGAUCCCAUACGCAGCUGCCGAGUCGCCAGUCUGCACAUCCGCCGUCCCCGCGAACGCGUCAACCUCGCCCGCCGCCGACAUUGCACUUCCCCUCAUCGAGGAUGCCGCCAAUCCCGACGAUGGGCGGAAGCCGCCACCGCUGCUGCGCUUAAAAGUUAGCGGAGGUGAAGGUGGGGCGGGACGGGGGACGGAUGGGACAGCAGAGACGAAAGCGGCGGCACGGGCGGGAAUCGAGGGGAAGUUAUUGCGCCGCUUCCGCCACCCCAGGAGCUCCUUGCCCCGUUCCGCCACCAGCACUAUCACCCCCACCUCCGCCGCUGCGCGCGAGGGGCUGUUCGGGUUCCGCGCAGGCGCGCGCAGGCUGUACGAGGCGCGGAAGCAGGCGAAACGGCAGGCGAGUGGCGGAGGCGGCGCAGGUGAUUUGGCGGGUAGAGCGCCGUCCAUGGGGAGAGAUGUGUGGGAGGCCGCGGAGAAGAACCAGCUCGUGCGGUGGGUGGGGAGAGCGCGGAGAGGGGGAGCGCGGAGAGGGGGAGCGCUGAGGGGGAAAAUGCCGAAGGGGGAAGCGCCGAAGGGGGAAGCGUCGAAGGGGGAAGCGCCGAAGGGGGAAGCGCCGAAGGGGGAAGAGUUGAAGGGAAGAGCGCCGAAGGGAGAAGGGGAGGAAGAGGUGUGGGGGAGAGCGGUGAGGGGGGGAGGAUUGGGAGGAGGAGGGAGAGGAGGCAGAAGGGGAGGAGGAGGAGAGGAGGCAGAAGGGGAGGAGGAAGGAGAGGAGGCAGAAGAGGAGGCGGAGAGCAGGGGAGGUGGAGCAGCAGAGCCUGUUUCUGAAGUUUCUCAGGAGGUUGAAGGGAGCGUGGGGUUAAGAGGUAACGAGGAAGCUUUCUGUCUUAAUGAGGUGGAAAUUGGUGGAGAUGUGAGUGAGGAGUGCGAGGAGGUGUGUGAGGGUGAAAGGGGUGAGGGGGAGAGGGAGAGGAGGGAGGAGAGGGAGGAGAGGGAAGCUGAGGGAGGUGAAGAGAGGGAGGAGAGGGAAGCGGAGGGAGGUGAGGAAGGUGAUGGGGAGACAGCAGAGGAUCAUUGGUUUCACAGCAAGGGAACACAGGCACGCCAAGGGGUGGCGGCAGGCGGAGGGGUGGAGGCAGGCGGAGGGGUGGAGGCAGGCGGAGGGGUGGAGGCAGGCGGAGCAGCAGCAACAGAAGCACCAGAAGCAACUGCAGAAGCAACAGAAGCAGCGGCAACAGCAGCAGCUGCAGCAACGGGGGCUGCAGCUGACGAGCAAUCGGAGCAGGCUGCAACGCCCGCUCCACCCGAUACCACCCCAUCCGCUGCAUCGGCUACACCCGAGGGGACUUCUGGGUCCCGGCAGCGCGGGAAGGGCAAUGAGACGGCUCAAAGCCGGCCGACGAGUAGUGGAGGCAGGGAACGGGGAGCAGACAGGGUGGGGCAGGGAGGAGGGGGAGUGGGGAAGCAGGUGAAGCGCUCAGAACCACCCACCACCGUGCGAAACCUCCUCAAACCGUCAGUUUCUGUCGGCGACCUGUCCGCCACAUCCACCGUCCCCAGAUGGGCCCUCCCCUGGAAGAACCCAGCGCGUUCGCCCCUGCCUGGAAGCAGCAUUUCAUUCUUUGGGCCCAAAACGCCUGGAAAGACGUCCGGCAGCAGUGGAUGGGCCAAGGCGCCUGGCAAGGCAUUAGGCAAGGCGGCAGGGUCUGGGUUACAGGAGAGUCUCGGUGCUUCUGACGGCCGUGCCGCUGGAGGGCCUGGGGUGCAGGGUAGGGGAGCUGGGUUGGAGGAACGGGCAAGUGCUAGUCAGGAGGAACGAGCAAGUGCUAGUCAGGAGCUAAGGCAGCAGCACGAUCAGCAGCAAGAGGAGCAGCAAGAGCAGCAGGACAUGCAGCAGGAAGGGCAGCAGCAAGAGCAGCGGCAAGGGGAGCAACAGCAGCAAGGGAAGGGGCGGCAGGGGAAGGAGCAGCUUCAUCAAUCAGUGAGCGAGGGCAGCAUAUUCACACGGCCUCCUCGCAGCAACACCUCACCCCGCAUCCCCUUACCCCGCCACCGUACGCUCCUCUCUCCCCGCGAACUCCUGAAAAAGCUCUCUGCCUUCCCCUCCAGUUUCCCCUCCUCUAGUUUCCCCUCCAGCGUCCCCUUGGGGGGCCCCACCCGGGGGUUCUCUUCCGGGCGUUCUUCGGGUUUCCCCUCGUGGAAGAGUGUAAACCGGCGGUGGCACUCGCACCAUGAGGCGCUGACUUCGGUACCUUCAGAUGGGCCCAAGGACGUGUGGGAGGCAGCAGAGAAAGAGCAGCUGGGUGGGUGGCGGAGCCGGUCGAGGGGUGCGCGCAAGAGGAGCAUCAUGGAGGCUGCUGGACGGAGCUUGAGUGGUUUGAGUGAUAGUAGUUCGAGUGGGAGAGAUUUGAGUAUGAGGGAUUUGAGCGGUGCGGGGUUGAGUGGCAGGGAUUUGAGCGGAGGAGGUAGCAAAAGUUGGCAUGAGACAGGGAGUGGGGUUUUGAGCGGGGGGGAGCAAGGUGGGGGGUUGGAAGGAGAAACAGCAGGAGGAGAGGAUGGAUGGUGUGUGGUUUUGAACGGGGGGGAGCAAGGGGAGGCUCAGAGCUCCUACAGUGCAGAUAUACCUGGGUUGCAUAGCAGGAGGCACACUGUAGACAGUAUUGGGGCUGCUCUUGGCGAGUACAGCAAGUCUGCUUAUAAGGAGGACGGCGGGCGCGUGAGUCGGAUCCGCCGG